GUCGCACAGAGCAUCGAGGACCACCACCAGGAAGUGAUCGGCUUCUGCAGAGAGAAUGGCUUCCAAGGCCUGGUGGCCUACGACUCCGACUACGCCCUGUGCAACAUCCCCUACUACUUCAGUGCCCACGCCCUCAAGCUCAGCCGCAACGGCAAGAGCCUCACCACCAGCCAGUAUCUGAUGCACGAGGUGGCCAAGCAGCUGGACCUGAACCCCAACCGUUUCCCCAUCUUUGCUGCUCUAUUAGGGAACCACAUCCUACCUGAUGAAGAUCUGGCUUCCUUCCACUGGAGUUUGCUUGGCCCCGAGCAUCCGCUAGCCUCACUGAAGGUCCGGGCCCACCAGCUGGUCUUGCCACCCUGCGAUGUGGUGAUCAAAGCUGUUGCCGACUACGUCCGAAACAUCCAGGACACCUCGGACUUGGACGCCAUAGCUAAAGAUGUUUUCCAGCACUCGCAGUCUAGAACAGAUGACAAAGUUAUUCGAUUUAAGAGAGCCAUUGGAUAUUACUCAGCGACUAGUAAGCCUAUGUCAUUUCAUCCAGCGCAUUACUUAGCCAGACCAAAUCCGUUUGGAAUGCCUGGGAUGGUGCCACCAUACGUCGGCCCUCAGAUGCUCAACAUUCCACAGACCUCCCUGCAAGCCAAGCCCGCGGCCCCGCAGGUGCCCAGCCCUGGGGGCGCCCCGGGCCAGGGUCCGUACCCCUACGGCCUCACUGAGCCACCCCUCGCUCUGGACGCCAGCGGGAAGCAGCUGCCGGAGCAGAACAGCUACAGCAACAUUCCUCCCGGAGGGAAGCACACGCCCCUGUACGAGCGCUCCUCGCCCAUCAACCCGGCCCAGGGCGGCAGCCCCAACCACGUGGAUUCCGCCUACUUCCCCGGCUCGUCUACGUCCUCGUCCUCCGACAACGACGAGGGCAGUGGAGGGGCGGCUGCAAACCACGUCAGCGGGAGCAAGCCUGGCUGGGAGAAGACAGGAAGCCACUCGGAGCCUCAGGCACGUGGAGACCCAGGAGACCAAACCAAGGCAGAAGGCUCGUCCACUGCCUCGUCGGGAAGCCAGCUAGCUGAAGGCAAGGGGAGCCAGGUGGGCACCGUCCAGCCCAUCCCGUGCCUGCUGUCAAUGCCCACCAGGAGCCACAUGGACAUCACCACCCCACCCCUGCCCCCCGUCGCUCCCGAGGUGCUGAGAGUGGCCGAGCACAGGCACAAGAAGGGGCUGAUGUACCCCUACAUCUUCCACGUCCUGACGAAGGGUGAAAUCAAAAUUGCUGUUUCUAUUGAAGAUGAAGCCAACAAAGACCUGCCUCCGGCCGCCCUGCUCUAUAGGCCAGUUCGUCAGUAUGUUUACGGAGUCCUGUUUAGUUUGGCAGAAAGCAGAAAGAAAACUGAGAGACUUGCUUUUAGAAAGAACAGACUUCCACCAGAAUUCUCACCAGUGAUCAUUAAAGAAUGGGCAGCUUACAAAGGGAAGUCUCCCCAGACCCCGGAGCUGGUGGAAGCCCUUGCCUUCAGGGAGUGGACCUGCCCUAACCUGAAGCGGCUUUGGCUGGGCAAGGCGGUGGAGGACAAGAACCGCAGGAUGAGGGCCUUCCUGGCUUGUAUGCGCUCCGACACCCCCGCCAUGCUCAACCCCGCCAACGUGCCCACCCACCUCAUGGUGCUCUGCUGCGUCUUACGGUAUAUGGUGCAGUGGCCGGGAGCACGCAUACUGCGUCGCCAGGAACUGGACGCCUUCCUGGCACAGGCGCUGUCCCCCAAACUCUACGAGCCCGAUCAGCUCCAGGAGCUCAAGAUUGAGAACCUAGACCCCCGAGGAAUCCAGCUGUCGGCCCUGUUCAUGAGUGGAGUGGACAUGGCGCUGUUUGCGAACGACGCGUGUGGGCAGCCCAUCCCCUGGGAGCAUUGCUGUCCUUGGAUGUACUUCGAUGGGAAGCUCUUCCAGGCCAAGCUCCUCAAAGCCAGCCGGGAGAAGAGCCCGCUCAUCGACCUCUGUGACGGUCAGGCUGAGCAGGCUGCCAAGGUGGAGAAGAUGCGGCAGAGCGUGCUGGAGGGGCUGAACUUCUCUCGGCAGAGCCACCCGCUCCCGUUCCCACCGCCCACGCUGCCCUUCUACCCUGCUUCCGUGUACCCGCGGCACUUCGGGCCUGUCCCCCCGUCACAGGGCAGGGGCAGGGGCUUCGCAGGAGUCUGUGGCUUUGGAGGUCCCUAUGGGGACGCGGUAGCGACAGGCCCUUACCGUGCCUUCCGGGUGGCGGCAGCGUCGGGACACUGUGGAGCCUUCUCAGGCAGUGACAGCAGCAGGACUAGCAAGUCCCAGGGCGGAGUCCAGCCUAUACCUUCUCAGGGAGGGAAACUAGAAAUUGCCGGCACUGUGGUCGGCCACUGGGCUGGGAGCAGGCGGGGCCGUGGCGGCCGAGGGCCUUUCCCGCUCCAGGUGGUCUCUGUCGGAGGGCCAGCCAGAGGGCGUCCUAGAGGAGUCAUUUCCACCCCAGUGAUUAGAACAUUUGGAAGAGGUGGACGGUACUACGGCAGAGGCUACAAAAACCAGGGAGCCAUUCAGGGCAGACCUCCUUAUGCUGCUUCCGCAGAAGAGGUGGCCAAAGAGCUUCAGUCACAAUCUGGGGCGUCGAAGUCCUCUGUUGUGUCUUCAGACGGGUCCCUGGCUGAAAACGGAGUGAUGGCCGAGGAGAAGCCGGCUCCCCAGAUGAACGGGAGUGCAGGCGACGCCAGGGCCCCCAGCCACCCCGAAAGUGCCUUGAACACUGACUCUAAAACGUGCAAUACAAACCCUCACUUAAAUGCACUAAGUACAGACAGCGCUUGCCGCAGAGAGGCUGCUCUGGAGGCGGCUGUCUUAAAUAAAGAAGAGUAA